AUGGAAGAAUAAAAUAUAACUACCAACAUUUCUGCCAUUAGAGAUACAUCAAAGCAGCAUUUAGAUAAUAGUGACAUUCAGAAUUACACCCAUGAUGAUAGAUACAAUGUUUCCUUCUCAAAAUCUUAGAGAAAAAAAAGAAAGAAAUCUCUUGCAAUUCAAGACAUUUAUUACAAUUAUGAAUAACAAUAAAAAGAGAUAACAUUAUAGGAUCACCUUUAAGAAAAUGAUAAAUCCACAAUAGAAUACCAAGCAAUUCAGUGCUCAUAACAAAGAAUUGAGCAAAAAGUAUCUCCUAAUUAAAAUAAAAUUUGCUUUAAAGGAAUUAGCUAAGAAAAUGAAUCAGCUAAUAAUGAAAUAGAUCUUUUUUAAAAGCCAUAAAAUAGCAAAAAAAGAAACACUUAUGAGUUGCCAACUCUUAAAAUUCAAAUAAAGCGCUCUACAAACACAAAUGUUGAUGGAGAAGAGCUAUAGAAUUCCCACAUCUCUAGCAAUGCUUCACCAGGCUUGAAGAGGUGGAAAAAGCUAUCUAUUGUAAUGAAAAGCAUUCAAGCCUUUCAAAAAAGCGAAAUAAAAAACAUUUAACCAAAUGAUAUAGAGGAGGAAAUAAAAAAUUCACCCUCUCCAAGAAAAAAAAAGGAGGAAAGCCAUAAAGUCUUUAAUUAUGAAUAAGAUUUUGAGAUGAUUAAAAUAUUGGAUAAUUAUCGGAGAAUUGAAGAAUUGUGCUAACUUUGUAAAAAUGGAUCACCUUAAGACCUUGAGAAAAUAAAAAGUAUCAUUUAAAACGAUCCUAAAAGAUAUAUCAGAUCUCCAGAUGACCCAGAACAUUUAAUAAAUAAACUAAAUAGCUAAGGGUUUUUCCCUCUUUACAUUGCGUGCAUGAAUUAAAAUAUAGAAAUUGUAAAGUUUUUAUUGAAAAUUGGGGCAAUUCCAAGUAUUAAAACCAAAAACUAAGAUACUUGCUUAGAAGUAGCUGCAAGAUGGCGAUAUGUGAAUAUUGUUCAAAUAUUACUCUAAUAUGAGAGUAAAUUAGAUACUAGAGAUUUAGAAAAUAGUCGAAGAGCUUGUGGCAAUCACUAAGAAAUUGAUGAGCAAAUUCAUUAAAUCAUUCUUAAGAGAUCAAAUAAUAUAUUUAAAUACUGCUUUCCUUGUUUUUUUUGA